AGCGUAACCGGGAUGUGUAUAACAUAUCAGGCUGAGGCGCUUGUAGGCGAGCAGGAACUUUGUGGUCGCCUACUAAUAAAAGUCGGAUGCUUUUCCGACAAGUCUUUUCUUUCACGUCGAUAACUUCAGGAGGACACGAAGCUGUCAUGAACAUAAUAGUGCUGGGUUUCAUUUUCCUUUCUCAGCAAUGUGGUCAAAGUAUUUGCCAGAAAGCAUCCAAACCCAACAUUGUGAUGGUGAUGAGUGAUGCAUUUGAUGGUCGAUUGUCCUUUGACCCUGGCAGCAAACUUGUACAAUUGCCAUAUACAAACUAUCUCAGGCAGCUCGGCUCCACCUUUCUUAAUGCUUACACCAACUCGCCCAUCUGCUGCCCUUCCAGAGCAGCAAUGUGGAGCGGUCAGUUUGUUCACCUCACUCAGUCGUGGAACAACUACAAGUGCUUAGAUGCAAACACAACCACGUGGAUGGAUUUGCUGAAGGAGAAUGGGUAUCGUACCAAGAUGAUAGGCAAGCUGGAUUAUACAUCUGGGGCUCACUCUGUCAGUAAUCGAGUUGAGGCAUGGACACGAGACGUCCAGUUCCUCCUGCGCCAAGAGGGCCGGCCUGUUUCUGAACUUGUUGGGAACAAGUCGACUGUAAAGAUCAUGAGCAAAGACUGGGAAAACACAGAUAAGGCGACACAGUGGAUCCACCAGACAGCUGCGUCCACCACACCCGAGCCUUUCGCUCUUUACCUUGGCCUCAAUUUACCUCACCCGUAUAAGACUGAAUCCCUGGGGCCGACUGCAGGGGGAUCCACCUUCCGUACGUCGCCAUACUGGCUCACAAAGGUGAAUUCUGACCUCAUCUCUGUUCCCAAAUGGUUGCCUUUGGCUGCCAUGCACCCUGUUGACUACUACUCCACCGUCACCAAAAACUGCAGCGGUGUUUUUACCGACGAUGAAGUCAAAAGCAUUCGGGCCUUCUAUUACGCCAUGUGUGCCGAAGCCGAUGCCAUGCUGGGUCAAGUGAUUUCUGCAUUGAGAGAGACCGGCGUGCUUAACAACACAGUCGUGAUCUUUACGGCUGACCACGGGGAGCUGGCCAUGGAGCACCGGCAGUUCUAUAAGAUGUCGAUGUUUGAAGGAAGUUCCCACGUUCCCCUUCUCAUCAUGGGGCCUGGCCUCAUCUCUGGCCAGCAGGUCAACCAGCUUGUAUCUUUGGUUGAUCUCUAUCCCACUGUGCUGGAGAUUGCUGGGAUUUCAGCAGUAGGGAAUCUAAGUGGCCAGUCCCUCCUUCCUCUGCUGUCCACGUCCACCGCUUUUUCUAACCAACAGCAGAGAGCCUGGGCAUUCAGCGAAUAUCAUGGUUGUAACGUCAACGCCUCUACUUACAUGCUGCGAAGUGAUCAGUGGAAAUACAUCACGUACGCCGAUGGCCUGAGUGUUUCCCCGCAACUCUUUGAUCUUACACUGGACAAGGCUGAACUUCACAAUGUGGUUCACAAAUUCCCAGAUGUGCAAGCAAAUCUGGAGAAGCUGUUGCGUAGCAUCGUGGACUAUCCAAAAGUGUCUGAAGCUGUUCACGUCUACAAUAAAAAAGCAUUCGGUGCAUGGCGCCUUAGCUUGGGGAGAAACUAUAGCCAAGUCAUUGGUAACCUCCGGUGGCAUGUGGAUUGGCAAAAAGAUGCAUUAGCCAAUGAGAGAGCCAUUGACAAGUGGCUCUAUGGCUAUUAGUGAUAUUUUAUGUCUAGUAACUAUUAGAACAAAUUGAAAUUGCACUUUGAUAAAGUUUGGAUCUUUGUGUAAGUCAUUGAUCUGUUCUGCGGUGUCUCAUGUUAGUACUGCAGUGGUUACAGUGAUGAAUAACCUACAAAUGUCCUAGGCUCACAGUGUGACACACUUCAGUCUACAUCUCUGACAUCGUCCCCUUCACACAAAUUUCCACCAGUGUUUCAGGGACUUUACAUGAUUUUCUUUGUAAUGUAGUGUAAAUUACUUCUAUUGUCCUUUAAAUUUAAAUUUAAAGGAUGUAAUUUAAACCAAAAUAUCAAUUAUAAUUAAUUAUUGUCCAUAGCCCAGAGGACAAUUUGCACAGUCCAAAGACAUGCAGUUAAUUGCUAUUAAGUUUGAAUGUGAGUGUGAAUGAUUGUCUCUUUAUGUGUUGUGCCUACAUAUUGGUGUUCAGAGUGUACCUUGUCUCUUACCCUAUGCUGCUCCCCUGAAGUUUCAGGCAGAAGGAAUAAAUAAUUUUCCUCCAAAAACUAAAUGCUGUUAGGACUGUGCAUGUUUUUCUAAGAGAAUCAACUAUGUAGUGUUUGCCCACAGAAUGUAAAACAUGUUGUAUCAGUGGCAUGAGGUACAGUUUACUUUACCUUUUUAGAAUUUUUUUAUGGUGAAUUUUAAGGUAUAUUUGUACUCUUUAUAUACCUACAUAAUUUUUUGGACAUUUUUGUAAGUCAUUUUCAGAUGUCUGCAUUGAUAAUAUAACAUCCAAUUUCACUGUACAUGUGCAAUGACAAAAAAUAUUAUUAUCAUUAUUAUUGUUAUUGCUUCAAACUCCAUGCAUUUGGUGAUGGUGAACUGGCAAUGAUGACUGGGCUAUAAGAACAACUGGAGCACAAUUUAGGCUUCAAAAAUAAAGGUAAAAAAAAAAAAUUCGACCCUUUAUUUGAUCAUUUUCUGCAGUGAAAG